AUGACUUCUAAAGAUGCCAUCGAAGGCGGCAAGAACCGACUGAAACGUAUUACUGAUGUUCAAUAUGAACCGGGAAAAUUGUUUAUGCCAAUCGAAGGUUACGAAAAGAUGAAACUCGGCUCUCUAGAAGAAGCUAUCGAAUUUCUAGCUGCCAUUGUUCCAGAUCUUCGACGCAAAGCUUAUAUUGCUAAACAAAGAUGCCAAGAGCCAAAAGAUGGACUAACACCUGACGAAUCAGCAAGCAUAUUUCUCACAACACAGUCAAUACAAGUUUUGGAAUCUGAACAAUUUCUCGGCAAAACUGGAAUACGUACUCUCUUCAACAUCCAAUGUUCAAAUGCGAAGAUCAUCAAAAAUCAUUCUUACUAUGCAGCUGAAGAUGAGGCACUCUUGCUUCCCGCGACACAACUUGAAGUAACUGGUAAAUUAGAUUCUGGAAAUGGGCUUCAUAUUAUUACAAUGAAAGAAACUCAACCGGUGUUUCCUCUAUUAGAGCCUCCAUAUCUGUUGUCGGAAACAAAGAAGAAAUCGAAGGCUACUCCAGGUGAUUCAAAAAAGGGAGGAUCUAAGUUUGAAGAAAUGACUAUGCCAGAUGUCGAUAUUCGCCAUGUUAUCAAUAACAUGAAAGGUAGUGACAGAUGGAACUUCAAAGAUAAACAAGUCACGGCUGAAGACGUAAAGUUAAUUGCAAAUGAAUUAAAAACCGAUAAAAACUGUAGAGAACUUGAUUUGAGUAAGAAUGGUUUAACUUCAGCUGCUGUGCAUUACUUAUCUGGUAUGCUAAAAGAGAACACGACAUUGGAAAAACUUUAUCUUGGAAAGAAUCAAAUCGGUGAUGAUAGAGUACGGGCACUGUGCGGAGUACUGAAAGUGCAUGGAAACAAUACACUCGAAGUGUUAAGUCUCGAAUGCAAUCGAAUAACAGACAGAAGUGUUCCUGGGAUUAUUGAAUUACUUAAUCAACCGAAUUUAAUACUGAAUGCUUUGUUUAUACAUUCAAAUCGUUUAUCGGAAGAAAGUAAACAAACACUGACUGUUCUAGCUAAAACACGAAAUAUUUGGAUUCGAUUAGACGAAUGA